GGGGAUGGAGCCGGCCAUGGAUCCGGCCGGGGCGUUCCCGGUGCUGGAGCGGGAGCUGCGGGCGGCGCUGGCCGAGGACGAGCGGCGGCAGCGGGAGGGCGAGGCCAAGCUGCGGGCGCUGCGCCAGGGCGUGCCCGACUACGGCCAGUUCAGGGAGAUUGUGCUGGCUUCUCACCUGAAGCCUCUGGAGAAGAAGGACAGGCUGGGACAGAGGAGGAAUGUGCUGUGGAAUCCCUGUGCAGGCCCAGCUCAGACAGCACCUGCCCAUGCUGUGGACAUCCCACAGGAGCUGAUCCAGCUGCCCAGCACCGCUGUGGAAUUUCACCGCGAUUGGCGCCGGUGCCUGAAAAGUGGGACAGACAAAUACCAGUUUUUGCUGGAGCUUGGAGGGGAGGCUUUGGGCAGGAUUUUCCAGGCUGAUGUGGGCUUUGGCCUCCUGGGGGAGUUCCUGACAGUGCUGGCAGAGAACAUCCAUCCUGGGGACAGAGCUGCCAUCCUUCAGAUCCUGCAGGGCCUGGCGGGCACCGGGCGCUUCGGGCUCAACGUGGCUCUGCUGAGCCAGGCAGAGAAGGAGAGCAGCCAGGAUUUGUUCAGGAAGCUGCAGAGCAGGGAUGGGCAGGCUGCUGGCCAGGGGGAAGCCCAUCCCAUGGAGAACCACCUGGAAAAGGAAACUGAGGAGGAGAGGACAGUGGUGGAGCUGAUGAAGCGGUACCAGGUCAGCUGAGGAACACCAGGAUU